AAUUGCCGAUAAAUCUUGCAAAAAAUAGUUUUCGGGCAAACAAAAAAAUACGUGCUCAUUACACCUGCAGAAAUUCGUACCGAAAUAGAAAACUUAAGUAAAAAUAAAUCACCAGGCUAUGAUAAAAUUGAUUCUAAAGUAGCAAAGUGUUUACCAAAAAAAGGCAUUAUGCUGCUGACACAUAUUUACAACGCUAUAUUAAGAUUAAACCAUUUUCCUACACAAUGGAAAUGCGCGGAAAUUGUUAUGAUUCCCAAGCCAAAUAAGCCUGAAAAUGAAGUAACGUCUUACAGACCAAUAAGUUUACUGACACUUUUCUCUAAAAUAUUUGAGAGAAUAUUUUUACGGAGAAUAUCGCCAACUUUAAAACAACAUAAUAUAAUACCUGAAUAUCAAUUUGGUUUUCACCGACACCAUGGUUAACUUCAUUGUUGAUUCUUUCGAGAGAAAAGAGUAUUGUUCAGCUGUCUUUUUGGAUAUCCAACAAGCAUUUGACAAAGUUUGGCAUCAUGGUCUUUUAUACAAAUUGAAAAAAAUUUUCCCCUCACAGAUAUAUUUAAUUCUAAAAUCGUAUCUUACUGAAAGAUCAUUUUACGUGAAAGUGAAAGAUGAAACAUCUAGCAUUGCAUACAUCAAAGCUGUGGUGCGAUUCACUAACACAUUUUAUCGAUAUUCGCUUUGUUAUCUUUCCUUAACCACAAUUUUUACGAUUUUGCUAUUCAGUAACCCAUUUCAUUACGAAAAUCGACAAGACAAAAUCAGCUGUUUGGUUAACCUGUCGAUUAUCGCGAACUAAACGACAAUAAUUUUGGUGUUGUUAAAUCAAACGUUAAAGAAGAUUUAGUGAUUUUAAUCAAAACUGUGAAAUUAGAUGAAAAAAAACUUAUUUAAAAAGCGUGAGUAUGGCGUUUGAGUAUUUGGCUUACGAUUUAUCGCGUGGAGAGGAGGAAGUGAGCCCUCAAAUAGUUGAUCGAAGUUUGCUCCGGCAUGUGGACAAUCCUUUCGAUUUGGAUGCAGGGGAGUUCCAGAAGUUAUUCCGUUUAACUCCAGACUUGACUGAGGAAGUAGUUUCGCAGCUUGACAGUCAUCUUAGAGGUUCCAGAAUAACAGCGAUUUCGACUGAAAAACAGGUUCUAGCUGCACUGCGAUUUUUUGCAACCGGGUGUUAUCAACGACCCGUAGGUGAGCAAUGGGGAAUAUCUAUGAGCCAGUCGUCCGUUAGCCGUAGCAUUCAUCGGGUAACAGCUGCAAUCAACAGCUCCAUGUUUUGCGCAAAGAUAUGUGAUCCUACCCUUAAAAUUUUAAACGUAAAUGCCAAAUUUCCGGGAGCACGGCACGAUUCAUACAUUUGGAGUUCCUCUGCGGUGCGAAUGGUUAUGCAACGGAAUUUUGAAAUUGGAAACCAUAACUUGUUUUUGAUUGGUGAUUCCGGGUACCCUUUGGAGCCUUGGCUGAUGACUCCUCUAACAAACCAACCGGAAGGUACUCCGAAAUUCUUGUACAAUGAGGCAUUGUGCAAAGCUCGUAACCCAGUUGAGAGACUUUUUGGUGUUCUUAAGGCAACGUGGCGGUGCUUGUCUCAACAAAGGACCCUCUUGUACGAUCCAGGAUUUACUGGACAAGUAGUUAACGCGUGCUCAGUUUUACAUAAUAUUCGUUUAAGAGAAGGAAUAUACCAGACCGAAAAUGAAUUCACAGAGCCCAGAACAAACGACAUUUUUGUAAACCAAGAUGCACCAUCCUCAACAGCAAAGCGCAUCCAAGACCGACUGAUUGCUAAUUUUUUUACUUAAAUACUAUUUUCACUCAUAAUCAUUCCGCAUACAUAUCUAUGUGAACACUCGGGUAUAAAAAGUUAAAACAUUUUCAUAUUUAUUGUUAAAACCUUUUAUUGAACAAAAUUACAUGCAGAUUCAAUAAAAACAAUUCAGUCUUUAACUUCAGUUUACAUACAGUUUUAGGUUACAGGCACAUAAAUCUAUUUAUGUAUAUAGGUAUGCAUAAGCGUAUGUACACAUGGUUUAUAAAUUCAAAGGUCAGUCUAUUUGUAAAAACGAAAACAAUACAUUCUAAUUCAUUUAAUUAAUGUUACUUAACAUUACCACAGCUUGUUUACUUAUAAAAUUCAAAUAAAAAGUAACUUCAGGUACUAAAAUAAACAUUUAGUAUAUGUGCACAUAAAAAGGAACUGCGGAAUUGGUUUCUAAUCUACAUACGAUAUAUUGCAUUCGUUAGAUUGUUGAAUGCUUCUGCGGUAGCGCUUAAUCCAUUCCCCAAUACGGCUAU